AAAUUGGGCGACCGUGUGGCCCCCAACACGGAUACAGAGAACUUGACCGGCCGUGAGUCGAGCAGGUCUUGGCUGGCCGCCGAUGAGGAUGGUGUCCUGGCUGACUAUCUCGUUUUCGAAGAGCGUGUGCUGGCGAAAUUGCCCGCGACGCUCGACUGGAUCAAUUGCAGCAUACUGCCGUGCGCAGGGACGACGGCUUGGUCUGCUCUCAAGGGACUGAGUAUUGGGCAGAGCCUUCUCAUUCAGGGCACAGGAGGUGUGGCCAUGUUGGCCCUAAAGCUGGCGCAAGCGGCCGGCUACAGGAUCAUGCUCAGCUCGUCCAGCGAUGCCAAGAUUGAGAAAAUCCAAAAGGCAUUUCCCAAUACACCCAUCCAAGGUGUGAACUACGGCACGCACCCGGAUACCUGGCACGAGCAAGUCCUCAAGCUCACGGACGGUGUGGGUGUUGACCUGGUCUUGGAGAAUGGCGGCACCGGGUCCUUGGUGCAGAGCGUCCAGUGCACGCGUCGCGGGGGCACCGUGAGCCAAGUCGGUUACCUAGGCAAGCAGGAUCCGACCGACCUAAAGGAUCUCAUCUCCACCAUUAUUGAUCGACGAGUCAAUGUCCGGUGA